AUAGCAUUCCAUAUUUUACAUCUGUCUUUUAUUCUUUUCUGAGCCUUUCUCUUUCACUCUUUCCAUUCAUCUUGCCUUCUUCUUUACUUCUAUACUGAUAUUAUUGUCCCCCACUUCCUUUUUCUAUCAGAUACCUUGUUCUCCAAGUGAGGAAAAAAGGAUUGCUUUGGACACUUUUCACCACCUUCUCUGGGUUAUGUAACUUUGACGAAAUAACUUCACAUCAAGAAUGGGUUCUGGUGAUUGGUUUAAGACAAUAAUUAGCUUAAGAAAAUCAAAAGAAGGCAGAUCGAAGAAAGCAAAGACUAAGAAUUAUAGAGGAAAACGGUCCAAUGGCUUAGCAAAUGGCAUUACAAGUGAAAAUCUUGUGUCUACUGGGGUAACAGUUGAAAAUAUUGCUGCAACAAGGAUCCAAACAGCGUUCAGGGCUUAUAAGGCUAGAAAAUAUUUACGUCGCUUGAAAAGAUUCACAAAACUGAAGAUCAUGACUCAAGGUUCCUCUGUUCAAAAGCAAGCCAUUACAACUAUAACUUAUCUUCAUUCAUGGAGCAAAAUACAGGCUGAGAUUAGAGCUCGCCGAAUAUGUAUGGUGACAGAAGACAGGAUUAGGCGUAAGAAACUACUUUCUCAGCUAAAACUUGAGGCAAAGCUUCAUGACCUGGAGGUGGACUGGUGUGGUGGUUCUGAAACCAUGGAGGAAGUCCUUGCAAGGUUUCAUCAGAGAGAAGAAGCAGCAGUCAAGAGAGAAAGAACCAUGGCAUAUGCUUUCUCUCAUCAGUGGAGGGCCAACUCUAGUCAAAGCCAAAUGCUAGGUAAUUAUGAACUUGGCAAAGCUACUUGGUGUUGGAGUUGGAAGGACCGUUGGAUUGCUGCUCGUCCGUGGGAAAUUCGUGUCCCUAGUGCAGCCAUUAGCCCCAAGAAAGCGCAACAUAAGAAGUCAAGCAAGGUUGAGAAGGAUAAGAAUGCAUCAACACCUAAAGAACCAGUUUCAGUUAAACCUCCUUCAGCUAAUGCUAAAGGAACUAGUCCUUUGGGUAAUGCAAAAGGGACUUCCAAAGCUAGGAGGUUGUCUUACCCAGCCACAGAGAAAACGGAGGUGCAUGAAGCAAAGCACUGAGUACUCAAGGUAGAUGCUAAGAACAAGUGCAUGCAUAUUUUAUCAAGCCUAUUGUAUAGCAUCAGCAGAGUCAAAUUGGUUUUCAAGUGGUUACAGUGUGUAAAGUCUAAUGAUAAAAGGCAAUAUUUUUUAUUCGUUGGAUCACUUCCGAUUUGUGCAUAAACGUGAGUGCAAUUCAGUGAUCUUAGGGAUAGCAAAUGGGCCAACAAACCUGAUGUGUGUGUGAUUUGUUGAUUGCUGUUGUUUAUUGUUUUCAAUCUUGUAAAUUUAGUGCAGUGCGGAGACAAAUUAUAGAUAGAUCAAUCGUUCUUUUGUCUACUUCGUGUGUUUGUGAGAGUUUUUGAAGCCAUGAUCUUCUUGUUCGCUUGUCUGUGGUUAAUAUUUUUAUGAUCAUAUUGAGGCCCCUUAUGAAUAAAUAUAUUUAUUUUGUAAU